AUGAUCGUGGGCGGCUUAUCAACAACAUCCAAGACAAGAUACAUCGGCUCCGAGACCCUUCGCACACAACCACUUGGUAACUACCUAACACGGGAGAUCCACCCGAAGGAGUCAAAAGUCCAAAGAAGCAGCUCAACGCACUGCAUUGCAUCUUGCAUGUCAUUGCAUCAACAACAAAGAUUGGACCAUUUCUGGUUGCUUUCAAUGAGCCGCGUGAUCACGGGUCAUGAAGCUAUGAACUCACCUCGCGUCAACGCUAAAGCGUCGAGCGACGACGGAGCUCUGUACGGGCAAGUCGGCGACGACGACGACGACGAGGUCGAGCAAGGGCCAGCAUCACCUAGCGGGCAACGUUCUGCUCUUGAGCCAGUCGAGAGAAGUGCGAUGUGCGCCAGCGAUGGCGAUGGCGAUGGCGACGGCGCUGGUUGCUUGGCGGUGGACGAUGUGGACGGUUGGAUGAUGCGGGACUAUCAAUCUCAACGAUGUCGGUGGCCCGGUGAGUGGCCUUUGACUGACGAUUGCGAUGCAAAGCUCACCAGUCCAGUCAAAUCGUCAGUCAGUUGCAGGAAACUAACAACCAAAGUCAGCCUCGAGCAACUCCGUUCGACCCGUAUGAAGCUCCAGUCCGUUACGCAAGAGCGGUGCAUGGAUCCCGUUGGAUAAGGUGAGACACAUUCAAGCACCAGAUCGGGGAAUUACCUGCGUAACAGAGGUCACGGACAGAUUGUGGCAUUGUGCUCGGGGACCGCCAAGAGUGACGAUCCCGUGAUUCGGAUCCCGUGCUGCCCCGGUCUGGGAAUUGCCCGCAGCAGAUAAUGUGAAUAUGUGAUGGUUUUCCGGGCCGAAGUGGUAAGCUGAGGUGAUCGGUCGUCGUUCUAUGGCCGAGCGGGGUCGGUCGGUCCAGCCAAGGCCAAGCAAGAGAAAAG